UUUACUGGCGAGGAUGCUAUACGUCAUCGCGGGCGCGACGCCCCAGGGACAGUCUGGAGUCUGGCUGUCUGGAAGGUGCGGCGGCGAGACCGGCCGGGAAGAUGCCAGUGGCGGUGAUGGCGGAAAGUGUCUUCAGUUUCAGAAAGUUGCUGGAUCAAUGCGAGAACCAGGAGCUCGAGGCUCCUGGAGGAAUUGCCACGCCCCCAGUGUACGGUCAGCUCCUAGCGUUGUAUUUGCUCCACAAUGACAUGAAUAAUGCAAGAUAUCUUUGGAAAAGGAUACCACCUGCUAUAAAAUCUGCGAAUUCUGAACUUGGAGGAAUUUGGUCAGUCGGACAGAGAAUCUGGCAGAGAGAUUUCCCUGGAAUCUAUGCGACCAUCAAUGCCCACCAGUGGUCUGAGACGGUGCAGCCAAUCAUGGAUGCACUCCGAGAUGCCACAAGGCGACGCGCCUUUGCCCUGGUCUCUCAAGCGUACACCUCCAUCAUCGCCGAUGACUUCGCUGCCUUUGUUGGACUUCCUGUAGAAGAGGCUGUGAAAGGUAUCUUAGAACAAGGAUGGCAAGCGGACUCCACCACAAGAAUGGUUCUACCUCGCAAGCCAGUUGCAGGUGCCCUGGACAUUUCCUUUAACAGAAUUAUUCCCUUAUCAGAGCCUGCCCCAGUGCCGCCGAUCCCCAAUGAGCAGCAGUUAGCCAGGCUGACCGAUUACGUGGCUUUCCUUGAGAACUGACUUAUGUUUGAAUUCAAGAUCCACCUUCAGAAUCCUGUCCACUGACAGAGAAAUGUAAAAAUUUUUAUUUUCAAUUUACUGGAUGGAUUAAGCACCUCAGCAUUCCUUACGGAAUAUGUGAUAAAAUGCAUAUAUAAUAUAAAGUAUAUUAUAUAUAUUUUGUCCUUAAGCAUUAUGCUGAAUAGUUGAGGCAGUUCUCAUUUUGUAACAUGUAACAAUUUGGCUGGCGCUGUCAGUAUUAUGCAGUUAGUUGAUAUUCCCGAGUGUCUUAGGAAUAAGUCUCCUACCCCAGUGCAUGCUGUACUCGCAUCCACACCCGAGUGGGUAGCUGUAGUGCUGCUUCCGGGGCUGGAGGAGAACUGACCCCAGGGCAGUUACCCACAUGCUGGGAGCGUGAACAGCCCUUAGGAGAAUAGGCUCUUCCCCACCUCCAGAGAACUGCUGAGGUAGAACACUGAAAUGUAGCUGAGGAACAGAUAAACAUUUCCGGAGUAACCCAGUUUGUUCCCAUUACAGUUGUUCCAGUAGUACGAGUAUGUCCAUUGCCAGCAGAGGAGGGCCUGUCCUGAAAGUGCCGCUUAGGGUGUUGAUAAGAGGUAGUAAGUUUGAUAUCCCCUGUCAGAGGAAGGAACAAGUUAAGUGUGGAAUGCAUCACGGGAGGAAAGAAGCUGUUGAGAAAAGUGAUGCACUCUGUACAGCUCUGCUGCUGCCUGUUGGUUGCCUCUGUUUUCCUUUCUUUUAAAUUCUGCCCUUUGCAGAAGUGCUGAACAAGUCUUCAUUCUUUGUGUGACAGCCCUCUGAAUAUUUGAAGUUACUGUAUUUUCAGAUUAAAAUACCCCGUAGAUCGUUUAUUCUACA